CCCUUGAGCUCACAACCUUGUGUUUCACUAAAAAAUUAGUACAUGAUUUGAUUCUCUUGCCGUUUGUCUCUACAAUCUCAGCUCUACAUGUACUUACAUUUCCAGCAGUAAUUUAUUUCGUCCGUCGUCUCUUGGCAAUGUAACAUUUGUCUCUCUUGUGCCAUUCGGACCAGAAGCCUCUCGUGUUUCCUGUAGUAUCCAAGGUCUAUGCUCCCAUAUAUAACACUAUUCGUAUUGUAGAUAAUCCAAGUGAUGGGGAAGCCAAAAGAAGAGGUUCUUCUAUCACACCAUUUCAGCCAUGAGCAUCCACUUGAACUCACCAAUUCGGUUUCGACGAAAGCCACUGCCUGCUUUGGUUGCAAUCAGACUAUAUUUGCAGGCAAGUACUACUACAAGUGCAAGAAAUGUCCCUUCUACCUUCACCAACUAUGUCACAACAUGCCUAAGACAGUUCAACACCCGGCUGAUCCCGACCAUUAUUUAACUCUCCAAUCUAUGAUUAGUUCUUCGCCUAAUUCCAAAUCAUCCAUCGACUGCAAAGCUUGUGGAGAAAACUUGUCAGGCUUCUACUAUAAUUGCGACAAAUGUGGAGAUUUCUACCAUAUCUUGUGCUCUGCCGUGCCUUUAUCUGUCAAAACACCUACCCACCCACACGUACUGAAACUUGAGUACGAGCCACCAUAUGAUUUCCAAUGUGAUUCAUGUCAUAGGCCUAGUUACACCGGCUGGCUGUAUCGUUGUAGCUUAUGUGAAUUUGAUGUUCACAUAGCUUGUGCUAUCACAAAUAAAGGAGCACAGCUGCGAUCUCCUAAGGCUAUGGAACACAGUCCUUUGAACAAAGAGGAAGAACUAAUGGAAUUACUUACACGAGGACUUGGCAAGGGAGAGGCUGAAGAAGUUGAAAGGAACAUGCCUCAUCAAGAUCAACCAAGCCUAUUAGGCUCCGAACAGGAUCCUUAUUGUGGAAGCUAUCAGUUUAGUGAUGCUUGUUUCUCAAUAGAUUUUGCAAAAUCACUUCUAGCCAGUGAAGAUGGAUCAACCCCUCAGAGAUUUAGCAAGCUGGGACUAGCACAAGUGAACGAAACAGAAACUCCAGGGAUCAACAAGAUAUUAGGUGAUCAUCCAAAGCAUACCAAACAACGAAGUUCAAGCACUCAUAUUAGUCAUCCUCAUUCUAGAAAUUCAUCUAAUGAUUCGAAAAUAAGACUAUCAUCAGUGAGUAUUGGUUCCCGCAUCUUACUGCAUUUGGACUCCGACGCAGAUAAGAACAACGGCUUUGGCUUCACACUAGCCAAGUCUGCAUCUACCAGAGAGUACCGCAGUACUGCCUCAGAUAAUCAGGCGAAGACAGGAUGUGGGCUACUGAACUUCUUGUACUGCAGACGUCCAAGAGCUAAAUAGAGAUUUCACAAUCUUAAAUUUUUUAUUUUGAGUUCGAUCCAGCUUGUAUCACGCCCAAAUUAAAAGUGAGAUAUUUUCUAGUUAUCUUCGUAAAUGUAAUAUAGUUUCAGUCUCGCGGAUAUGACUUUUCUCUUGACAACAGAAAUCUAAAUAUUUGAUUUUCA